AUUCCCGCCAAGGUUCCUCCGAGCUCCACCCCUGCGUGUCCAAAGUGUCAGAGGCGCCUCGGUCGGCCAUUAGCCUCCACCCUCCACUUCCUCUCAAGACUUUGGCAACCAGCCUGAGGCCUGGGGACCAAGCGGGAAACGGAAACAAGUUGCCAUCACUGUGUUGGAAACCUUUAAGUAACAGGAUGAGUCUGCAGUGGACGGCAGUUGCCACCUUCCUGUAUGCAGAGGUCUUUGCUGUGUUGUUCCUCUGCAUUCCAUUCAUCUCUCCCAAAAGAUGGCAGAAGAUUUUCAAAUCUCGGCUGGUUGAGUUGGUAGUGGCGUAUAGCAACACCUUCUUUGUGGUUCUCAUUGUCAUCCUUGUGCUGUUGGUCCUUGAUGCUGUACGUGAGAUCCGGAAAUAUGAUGAUGUGACAGAAAAGGUCAACCUCCAGAACAAUCCAGGUGCCAUGGAGCACUUUCACAUGAAGCUUUUCCGUGCUCAAAGGAAUCUCUAUAUUGCUGGAUUUUCCUUGCUGCUGUCCUUCCUGCUUAGACGCCUGGUGACUCUCAUCUCCCAGCAGGCCACACUGCUGGCCUCCAAUGAAGCCUUUAAAAAGCAGGCAGAAAGUGCCAGCGAAGCGGCCAAGAAAUACAUGGAGGAAAAUGACCAGCUAAAGAAGGAAGCAGCUGAGGAUGGAGGCAUCUUGGAUGUUAAGAGUGCUGAGGUGAAGUUAGAAGAAAACAAGAGACUGAAAAAAGACCUGAAGAAGCUAAAAGAUGAGCUGGCCGGCACCAAGAAAAAACUUGAGAAAGCUGAAAAUGAGACUCUGGCCAUGCAGAAGCAGUCCGAGGGCCUUACCAAGGAAUAUGAUCGCCUGCUGGAAGAGCAUGCCAAGCUGCAGGUCUCAGUACAUGGUCCCGUGGACAAGAAGGAGGAGUAAAGGCUUGCUUUUCCCCCUGCCUACAGCUGGCUUCCACCUGAACCAUACUCACUGCUUCCUCACCUCUCAACCUGUUCCUCUUGUGUUUACUCCCUUCUGUUUCAUCAGUUUUCUUCCACAGCAUAUAGAUUUUGGCUCCUUUACACAUACUGCCAUCCUACUAAAAGGGCCCAAUUUUGUUCAUUAAGAGUAAUUUUGUCACUGUCUUGCCUGGCCAGGGUACUUUCUACUUCCAGAAGUAUAGAAAAGCACUUGUGACCUGGCUUGCAAUUGAAUCCCGUUUGUUUUGCCAUGUGUCCUAAAGGAGGCUGUGAAGCAGGUCAAGUGCUUUACCAUGGUGUCAAUAAAGGUUGUUACAUUACAA